AUGCUCUCACUUACCACUAAAGCAUCCAAUGAGACAAUGCAUGUAAAUAGUGAUCCCAUUGAUAAAGUUGAUCCAGAGAUGUAUGCAUCUUCUCAUUCAUUAACAGACGGUGAUGAUAAACUCAAGCGACCCUCCAAGAGUCCAUCACCAGCGAAGGGGCAAACAAAGACACCGCGUGUUCAGGCGUUUCAACCUCUGAAGUGUCGAUGCGAACGAUCUUUUAUUGGCAUCGCCGAAUUCGUCUUACAUGCUCAAACAUGUCCUGAUUUAAUGCAUUCAUCGGAAAACGCGGUUGACCUAAGCUCCCAAUCGCCAAAACCGAUAAGAACAGAAUUGCCAAAGGGACUACCACCACCGACAAAUGAUGCUUUGGAUCUCACCGUCCGUGGCAUCGAAUCGACAACAGCAGGGUUAAAUACUACGAAUCCCACUCUGACUUGUCCGGAAUGCAAAGUGAAUACGGUGAGUCACAUGCAAUUACUACGUCACUUUGAACAGGCUCACGGUAUUUAUGGAAACUACGCAUGUUUUUGUGGUGUAGAAUUCGGUUGGCUUCCAGCUUUUUUGAGUCAUCACCUUCUUUGUCCAACAGUGACUUCUAAGAAACCACAAAAUGCAGGUUUUGAAGGAAAUUUCUCAAAAAAACAUAUUCCACUUCAAAUUAAACAAGCAAAACCAACGCUUGUAAGUAUCCAACCCCAGCCUGACCUUUCACGGCCAUUCAAAUGUUGUCACUGCGUAAAAUCCUUCAAAUCAAAGGCUCUCCUUGAUCAGCAUAUGCAUAUACACUAUCCACCAAAGUACACCUGCCGCUACUGUGCAAAAAAAUACCGCUGGCCUCCAGUCUUCUAUCACCACCAACGCACCUGCAAAAAAAGGCCCUCUACAGCUGCUGUUGGUGCCACUACAAAUAAUUCCUCUAUCGGAAGAUCCAAUGAACCCACCCAAACUCGCGGUUAUGGUCCGCGUGUUCCCCAGUCCUCCACUUUUCAGUUUCCCAUACCACCAACACCUCCACCAGUCUCCGUUCCGGCGCUCUUUCUACUUCAUUCUCCGACGCAAGAACUUCGACCGCCCAUUCCUUCCGCACUUUUACUGCCGCCUCCACCACCACCUCUUCCGGCCUUCGGUAGGUCUUGGGAAAGGAAAGAGGCAGGAUCGCUCAUAAAUAUGGCCUCUCUUCGGCUACCACCGUUUCCCUUGCCUCUAGGAGCAAACCCAGAUAAUCUUCGAUUUCCUGCACCGCCUCCGCUACCUCUACCACCACCACCAUUGAUAUUGCCGUUUUACUCAGCGCUUGAAAGCCACAUUUCCAACGUCUGUGUUGAGAAUGGCUCGCUGAACGAGACAUCGUCCCCUGUGACUUGCAUGUGUGGAAGAGUUUUUGAGAGUCUCUCGCCAUAUCUCAGCCACAUUGCCGCCUGCCCUCUGUUCGGGAGGGCUUUGAGUAUCCCUCCACCGUCCUUGGAAGAAGCUAACUCAACGAUGUUUUUAGCAAACAUGAUUUCUGUGCUUGAAAAGUGUAAGCCGGAGUUUUUCCAACAAUUUCUAAAUCGGAAUUCGCCCCAAAGUGAAGCUCAGGACAGCGGGAGCAAUUUGUGUGACCAGUGUGGCAAAGAGUUUUCGUCACGACUUUCGCUGAAGCAGCAUGUGGAGGGCAAGCACAGCACCGAAGGAAAGUAUCAAUGUCCAGGAUGCGCAAAGCGGUACCGUUGGGGUGCCUCUUAUUACUAUCACAAAAAGUCUUGCCCUGCAGUGUGUCGAGAGGAUGAAGAGAACUUCGUGGAAGAUGAACUCUGCUCGUCCCCAUCAAAUGCUGCAAAUGUUAACGAAAAUAGCAUGUGUGCCGUAAUGCUUUUUCAGUCUGCCGCUGAGCUAUUAGAACAACAGCAACAUAGCAAUCAGUCACAAGUGGCGCCAGUCCACAAGCAGCAUCAGUUUCCUCCGCAUGAGCACCAAAGAGAGGCUUUGACAGUACACGAUAGUGCGGAAUACGAUAGAAACAGAAUCAUGAUGAAGGCAAAUACAAAGCAGGAUUCAGAAGGAAACGUUGUAAGCAUUGAGCUACGAUUUAUUUCUUUAAGUUUAGAGUGA